GCGCGAAUAAAAAUAGACACGAUCCAUAUUUCAAAAACCAUUCAGAUUAGAUAUAAAAAUUUAAAAAAUUGCGAUGUUGACUAUUUUUGAAACAAUAUUUUUUGUUCUCAGUUACAUUUAAGUCUAAUAUCACGCCGCUAAAAUGAGAGUGAAUUUUCAGUGGUCCUUGUGUAGCUCGAUCUUGAUUCGCAGUUGACGUGGGCCGUCGUCUGUUUUGAUUUGGGGGACCCUUGUUAUACCACAUUCCUGGAGCUUCGAAAGUUCAUGAGUUACAGGUCUCUCCUGGGGGUGGCGGUAACAGCGUGAGGCCAUGGAGGAGCAGACUGGAUCUCCCGGAGCCAACACUGACAACAGCAGCAGCCAGAGGAACGGGGAGGAGAAGCCCCGGCGCUCCAGCUGGACCAAGGGCAGGAAGAGGAAGAAGCCGGUGAAGGACAGCAACGCCCCCAAAGCCCCGCUCACGGGCUACGUGCGCUUCAUGAACGACCGGCGCGAGCAGCUGAGGGCCGAGAGGCCCGACGUCCCCUUCCCCGAAAUCACCAGGAUGCUGGGCAACGAGUGGAGCAAGCUGCCCCCCGACGAGAAACAGCGUUACCUGGACGAGGCUGAGAAGGAUAAGGAGCGCUACAUGCAGGAGCUGGAGAAGUACCAGAAGACUGAGGCGUACAAGCACUUCACCCGCAAGCUGCAGGACAAGAAGAAGGGCAAGCAGCACAGAGGGGAUGUGGCACGCCAGGUUACCCAUGAAUCCCUGCACGAGAAGGAUGCCGAGGGGAAGGAGAGGUCUGUUUUUGACAUUCCCAUCUUCACCGAGGAGUUUCUCAACCACAGCAAAGCGCGCGAGGCGGAGAUGCGCCAGCUGAGGAAGACCAACAUGGAGUACGAGGAGCGCAACGCGGCGCUGCAGAAGCACGUGGAGAGCAUGCGCGGGGCGGUGGAGCGGCUGGAGGGAGACGUGCUGCAGGAGCGCAGCCGCAACACGCUGCUGCAGCAGCACCUGGACACGCUGCGACACGCCCUGACCAGCAGCUUCAGCGGCCUGGCCCUGCCUGGAAGUGGAGAGGUGCCCACGCUGGAAACCAUCGACUUGUACAUGAAGAAGCUGCACGCCAUCAUCCUGGCCAACCCUCAGGAGCACGAGGCUCUGAUCAACACCAUCAGAGAGGUGGUCAGCCGCCUGGACAGGUAAUUUUGCACCCCCAGACUUCAAGGAGAGUUGAGCUGCACAUCGUACCUGUGUGUGUCCACUGAGGCUGUUUUAGUGAGGUCAGCUACCUUUCUCACUGCACCCCCAUCCCCAUUUUAAGAUGCCUUUUAUUCAUUUAUUAGCCAAUAUUGGGGUCCAGAUUCAGUGUAACCGCAAUCGCGUGGAGAAUUUAAGCAAGCACUCCUUCUGCUGUUUCUUCCAUAACUGCACAUGGUCAGUGGCUGCUGAAAUUGAAGGUGAGCUUGGUUCAGGAAUUGCUUGCUUAAAUUCAGUACCAAUAGUUGAAUGCAAAGCCCAUUGGAUUUCUGUAAUCUGGCUCGGAAUCUUAGGUUAUUUAUUUUGUACUGUUUUUGUAGGAGUUUUCCAAGUCGAAUUUGUAUCAUAUAACGCCACACCAAAUUCUGAAUUUGCAGAAGUAUUUUGAAUGAGUUGCAGAGGCAAUAUGCACAUUCCCCAUUAACCUCUGUGUUAAUGGAAUUGUUUUCCUUUCUUUUUUUAAGUAGGACUAGAAAGUCUGCAGUUCAAGUAAAAAGAUACACACUGUGAACAUCUGUGUCUCCAACCUAUUCGAUUGCCUGCUUUUUUUUUCUUUUCUUUUUUAAACAAAAACAAAAAAACAUUUUUACUUUUGUUCAGAUGUUUUAAACCAUCAGAAUUUUAGCCAUUUUAGUGUUUGUUUGCUGGCAAUGGCGAGACUUGGCUGGAGGGGGUGAGAAUGAAAGACGUUCCAUUUUUAAUCUUGUUUUGCUUGUGAAGGAAGCACUAUUCACGUUCAAAGGCAGUUUAUCACAAGUUAAGCAUUACUGAAUAUAGUUGUGCCAGUGUUUGAAUUGUUUGUAUGUUGUAAUGGAAAAAGUACUUAAAUGUUCCAAAAUAUUGUGUUGUUGAAUAAAACGGUUUUGCAGUA